AUGGAGCACAUUGAGAGAAUAGAGUUACUGUAUAUAGAAAGGAGUGUAUCAAAUAAUCUAUCGUAAAUCAUUUAACGAAUUGAGCAAAGAAUUUUGAACACAAUGGCUAUGCGAAAUUUAACAGAACCAUUUGUUUUAAUGCGAAAUAAUGCUUUACAAAGCAAACACAUAUAUGCUGAACAGAAUUUAUCUGAUCGAAUGGCACUAGUAACUUCGGAUUCUGGUACUUCGGAUAAUGUUGAACUAAAAAAUGUCAAUUUGGAAAGUAAUGCACCACCUAUAUGGACUGAUGCCUUGGAAGAGACACAAUAUAUUUUAAGUAGAUUACGUGUUAAAAUAGAUAGUUUAGUAGAAUUACAUGCUAAACAAUUAACUAGGCCAACAUUAGAUGAUACUUCCCAGGAAGAAAGACAAAUGGAACAACUGACACGAGAAAUAGGACGUGCAUUUUCUAAUGGUUAUCAUCAAGUACAAGCUAUAAAAGCUGCAGCAAGACAUACUACUGGAUCUGCAGAACGACAAUUAGCCAUAAGCGCGGUAAUGGCUCUUUCAACAGCUUUACAAGAGCUGGGUCUUCGAUACAGAUCAGCUCAGAAUCACUAUUUAACACAGGUUAAAUCAAGAGAAGAAAGAAGUAAUCAGUUUUUUACAGAAGAUCAAUCAAUAUUUUUAAAUAAUACUGCAACAGACACAUGGUUAAUGGAAUCAAAUGAAGUAAAUUCAGAUUCUUGGGAAAACAAUGAACAAAAACAAGAUUCUGUAUUAUUACAAUUAGAGGAUCCAGAAGAUAGAAUGAAAUUAGCUAUGGAAAGAGAAGAACAGAUUGGUAAUAUAGUGCAAAGUAUAGCAGAUCUCAGACAUAUAUUUAAAGAUUUAGCAACCAUGGUGCAGGAACAAGGUACUAUUCUAGAUAGAAUUGAUUAUAAUAUUGAACAAACACAAAUACAAGUACAAGAGGGUUACAAACAAUUGAAAAAAGCUGAUUCUUAUCAAAGAGCCAAUAAGAAAUUGUAUUGCAUAGUUGUUCUUGCAGGCGCUAUCAUUCUAGUCAGUUUUCUUUUUGUCGUGUUUAAAACAUGAAAUACAAUUUGCACUACUAAAUUUUAAUGUACAAUUACUUUGUUAUUAAUUAUUCUAGUAAAAAAAACAAAUAUAUAGUGCAUAAUUUGCAAAAAAUAUUUUUCGA